CGUCGACCACCUCUCCAACUUCACACUUUGCACUGCACGAUCACCAGCACUUCCCAAUCACACUUCAAGCACCAGAUUCCCUCUCCCGUCGAUCGCCAGCACCAGCAGGUUUUAUUGGGAAUUCCUGGUGUACAUAAUCGAUCAAAUAAAAAACAAACAAGACAAGAAACGUUGUUUCUCCUGAUACUACGGCUUCUUUCGUAAGUCAAGCAAGACUACUGCACAGCUGAAACAAAAUCAUGUCUGCGUCACCAUUGCAAUCGACCAAGCGUCCCUUGGAGGACCCUUCGUCACCUUCGGGCCCCAAUGACCAGCCAGAGGCCAAGCGUCCUGCUCUGGACAAAGUAGUUAAGGGCGACGAGACUGAGGUCGCUUCGGCCGAUGGCCAGGGAGACACUGUUGUUCCCGAUGCUCCCAACGGUAAGGGUGCCUCUUCGGAGACCCAGCCCAUCCAGUCGACUGCUUCUCAUUCUGAGAGAGCUGGCUCUCAGUCGGACAGCCGUCCUCAGGAUGAGUCGAGCUGGAUCCAUAUCCGUGCUGUAAUCUCGAGCCAGGAGGCUGCCACUGUUAUUGGAAAAGGUGGGGAGAAUGUGUCCCAGAUCCGCCGUCUGUCGGGGGCCAAGUGCACCGUUAGCGACUACUCUCGUGGUGCAGUGGAACGUAUCUUGACCGUCAGCGGUCCUCAGGAUGCUGUUGCUAAGGCUUUUGGUCUGAUCAUUCGUACUCUCAACAAUGAACCCCUUGAUGCUCCUUCCACUGCCCAGUCCAAGACUUAUCCUCUGCGUUUACUAAUUCCUCAUAUCCUCAUUGGUUCCAUCAUUGGCAAGGCCGGUGUCCGUAUCCGCGAGAUCCAGGAGGCGUCCGGUGCCCGUCUGAACGCUUCCGACGCUUGUCUUCCCUUGUCUACCGAACGGUCUCUCGUCAUCCUCGGCGUUGCUGAUGCCGUACACAUCGCCACAUACUACGUCGCCGUGACCCUCGUUGAGCAACUCACUGAACGCUUUGGAGGACCGGCAGCUUCUGCGUACGCUACUCGGAGCGGUGGUCCCGCUGGAGCAGUGCCCGGUGGCAUGCAAGUCGUGCCUUACGUCCCUCAGCCGGCUGGUGGUCAAUACGGUCACCCCGAAACCUUCAGGCGACAUCACCCUCACCCCAACCGCGCCGCAGCAGGUGCUUACGGUGUUCCUUACGUGCACGGCCAGCCCGCACCUACGCCUGUCGCGCAACCCAUGCCAUACGGUCCUACCCCUGUUCCUGCCGCUGCUGCUCCUCACGCCGCAUACGCUGGAGCCGGCCCGCAGGGCCCCGCGCCUUACGGUCCCCAACCUGCCGCGGCACGGGGUGCUCCGACACCUGCGGCGCCAGUUGGUGGAGUCAUGCCCGGUCAACCAUUAACGCAGCAGAUCUACAUCCCCAACGACAUGGUCGGUGCUAUUAUCGGAAAGGGUGGUGCGAAGAUCAACGAGAUCCGUCAUCUGAGUGGUAGUGUGAUUAAGAUCAACGAGCCGCAAGAAAGCAGCAACGAGCGGUUGGUUACGAUUACCGGUACCCAAGAGUGCAACCAGAUGGCACUCUACAUGCUAUAUUCGCGACUUGAAAGUGAAAAGCACCGUGUCUAGAGAGGCUUCAGAGCCAAAUUUAAACGGAUGUGAUUCUCUAAAAGUCAUACUUUAUGGUGGCCGUAAUGACUUGGUGUGUUUCUUCUCGGGUAUAUCGUUUAUGUGUAUUUUAUCGAAGGCGUUUAUU